CCAGACUGAUCGACCGCGGCGUAUUUGCUGUAUACUGCGUAGCGGCGCAGAUGGCGCAACUGCGCCUGCGCUACCUACGCCGCUACGCAGUGCUACGCAGUACGUGGCAGUACAUACGUGGUGACGGUUGGUUAGGUAGGAUGGCGCAAGGUCGCUACGUGUUGCGGCGCAUUUCAACUCGUAUUUUCGUCGUCCCGUUCGAGUUUUGGAUGCAAGCGUUUCGAGAAUACUGUGGAGUGUCGAAAGUGAAGUGAAAUGUUGGGCGUUCGUGCAAACAUCCGUCGUAUCGAAUACGAUGCAUGGUGCGAAGUCGUAUUGCGUCAAUCGCGUUCAAUCUUGUUUCGUAUCAUCUCCGUUGCCUCGUAUCUUGAGUUUGCGACACGCGUGAGUACCGGGAAUGCCGAAAACGAAGGGUUACACGUUCGUGCUAAGUAUGAAUCAAGAUGAAUCAGCGUGAGGAGAAUCUUGGAUCUUUCGUGUCGCUCGGACUACAAUGAUCAGUCAGUCGAGACGUUACGAAGUCGCGUCGCGCGUUCAAUCGCAUCUUCUCCGUUGUCCCGUAUCCCAUAUCUCGAGUUUUCGACGGGCGUGAGUACCGACAGUGUCGAAAGCGAAGUAUCGUGCGUUCGUGCCAAAUGUGAAUCAAGACGCAUCGUCGUAAGGAGAAUCUUGGAUCUCGAAUGUUUGAGAGCUGCGAGACGGAGCUGAACAAAGCGACCAGCAGCGAACGAAUCGGAAAGGGAAUGCAGUAGCAGCAACAACCAUCAGGAAAUGCAUCGCUGACAGGAGUCGCUGUUGCAGUCGAUCUGAGGGAGAAUGAAACAUAACAGGCGGAAAAGAAUAUUGGCAGGGCGCUAUUUUGAACGUCUGCAAUCCCUUCCGUGGCAAUAGAUUAGCUGGACCAGACAGGACUAUAAGAGCUCCGAUGAACGAGUAACUGGAAUCAGUUCUCGACUCCUUCAAGCAAGGACAGCUUCUAUUCACUAAGCACUUAACUAACUGGCACGGUUAUCGAGUAUAAUAUAUUUUUACAGAUAUUCAAUAGCCACGGCUAAAAUUCAACGUUUCAACAUGAAGAUUCUGUUGAUAUUUUUGGCUUGCGUGACUCUCACGUACUGCGCCAAAACUAAAUCCAAGAAGCAGAUUCACGAUCAAGAAAUUGAUGGUUAUGAGUUUGCAGAGUACGCAAGUCACGAUGAACCUGCGUUGAUCGACUCGAAUACUCGUUAUGUUGAAGCUGCGCCGGUCAUAGCAGUCGCUGCGACUGGUCAUCGUCAGAGUCAUCUUCAGCCUGGUUACAGCGUGGGUGGACCGUUAGCCAAUAUAGCUACAGGAGCCGCUAAUCAGGCACGUACACAAUUGAAUCGGCAACCAGCGGCCGCUGGACAGGCAGCAUACGUAGCCAAAAACACUUUAGCUCAAGCGGCAGCGCAAUCCGCGGCGACAGCCGCUGCAGCCUUGGCUGGCAAGCAGAUUAUCGUGUUGGGCCUAGAACAGCAGUCGAGGGACGCGCAUCUUGCGGUGGCCAGUGAACAGCGACAAUUGCAACAGGCUACACGAGCGGCCACAGCCGCGAGAAAUUCAGCGCAACAGGCAAUGCACCAAGUGCAGGUGAUCACCACGGCAUUGAAUGCAGCGCAAGCAACUGCUCAACAUGCUUCUCAAGCGGCAUCCGAAGCCGCAGCUCAGCAGGCAGCGCAAACGACGAUGGUAGGCCAAGCUAAAGUACGUGCCGAAACGAUCGACGAACAACUUGCGGCAGCACGCUUGGACUUCCAGACGACGCAAUCCGCAGCGCUGAAAGCCGCUGACGCUGCUCAAACCGCACAGAACAAUGCCGCAGCCGCGGCUGCGCAUGCGGCUGAUACUGCAGCUGCAGCUGCAGCGGCUGACCACCCAGCCUCUUUGCAUGAAGCUGAAGUCGAGUAUAGUCUAGUGAACGCCCUGCCUGUAGAAGCUUACGAAUUUAAGAGUUAUCACCUUUAAGAAAGGAGAGAAAGAGAGAGUGAAAUAGAAGGAAAACAGAAAGAAAGAGAAAGAGAGGAGACACAACAGCGCUCGUGCUUACUCCUUUUGCAAGGAGUAUACUUGCCCAUAUAGCGCGCAAUGGCCCUCAAGCCAUCUUUUUUCUUUUCUAUUAUGUGAGACUCAGCGAUUAUCCAUCACUGUGUUCAAGUGCUAGACUGCACAAUAAAAUAUUGUUGCCAUUCUGAA